ACGCGUAUUAAAUAACUUACGCAUUUUCCGUUCAGCUCUUAGCGAUUUUUUCGAAAACGGCGUUAGUUAGCAACAUCGUGAAAGUUACGUUGGAUUCUAUAACCUUUCUUCUACGCCUCUCUUGUAACAGAUUUUUGAUAUUUUUUAAAUGUUAAUAAUUACGGCACCUGAAAAUACUGAAAAUAUCAUGCAUUUCUACAAUUAUUUAUGCAAAAUUCGAGUAUUAUAUAAAAAAUCUGUUACAAGAGAGGCAUAGAUGGGUCCUUUAUCUUUACAUCGGUACCUAACAUCAAAGGAUAGAAUCCAAUUUACUCAAAAUUUUAUACUAAGUCCCACACCUCUACAACGCUACUCGACUCGUAUAACAUCUGGCGAAGCUACAUAUUCUUUAUUAAAGAGGCGCGACUUAAUGUUUAGUGUGAGUAUUCAGGACCGGAGUCAGUUGUGCUGUAGCCUUUACUGUAUGGUGCUUUUAAAAAUAUAAUUUUUAUCACCUUUUGUGAAUUGUGAGCGUCGGAAUAUAUACAGAGCAUUAGAUAUAUGAUAUAUACUGAGCGAAUUUUUACGCGGAAAAACAGGAGUGUUAUUGUGUCAACAGUUUGUUUCUUAUCGGGUGGAUAACUUUUAGUGGAAUUACACAUGGAAGCUAACUACAGAAGAGGAGCGAAGAGAAGGUUGCGGUUAUCUAUUCGCAGGAAGAAAUCCAAUAAUAUCUAUAAAUACAAUGCGGCUCGUGCUGUUGGGCUUCCUUGUUCGACCAAAAAUAUUUUGCCAACAUCUAGAACUACGGAAAAGGAAAGUAUUCUGCCAAAUGUAGAAAUCAUUGCCAAUAUUACCGAAUCUUCACCUGAAUCCCCAGAGAUAGAAAAAAGGAAAACGGUAGAGAACAAUGAUGACCGUCUUGACGUAUGCCAAGUGACGAAUGGUGCUCACAUUGAACACUUGUAGGCUAUUAUGUAAAACUGUUUGAGUUUCUCUUUCAUUUGAACAUUUGACAAUUGUGGCUGUAAGUUUGAUGUAUUAAAUAUUAUAACAUGUUAAAACCCCUCUAUUCAUUUUGAAACACGCUGUAUAUAAAAAUAUUCCAUUUUUUUUCCUUACUGCUGUGAAUGAGUCGUGUACCUUAUGACUAUAAGAAUUAAACCAUUGUACAUAAUAAAUAAAUAUUUUUAACAUAAGGUAUUUUUGUGUUGCUUAAAGCUAAUUUGAAAAUUCCCGAAAGAUUCCCUUAUUUAUGCGUACAAAGGAAAAUAAGUUGAGGCAUUUAAUAUUCUUAUAAAUAAGAAACUUAGCCUUUGAGUAGUCUGCGCAGUGCGCAUGCACACACCUAAUGUUUACAAUAUGCGAUAUGUUUGCCUUUACUAGAAGAAUCUUCGGUUAAAAUUUCCAAAAAAUAUCUAUAAAUCUGAUUUUUACAAUAUACGAUAUGGUUCCAUUUUUUUUUGUAAUGCGUUAACAGGACAUGCCCAACACUGCUUCCGAAGUAUAACGAUAGGUAAUAAUUUUUUGAAUUGUUUAGAGGCAUUGUAGAAUGCGUCUAUAUAAGUAAGUGGUGAAAGCUUUGUACAGGCUAUACUGUGAGUAAUUUCAAAAAGGUUUUUGAAUUUAAUUAAAUCCCUUUUUCAGUACUCAUAACUCAUAACUUUUAUUGUUUCCUGUUGACAAUAUAAUAUUGUAUUAGGACAUGUCACAAAAUGAAGAAAAAAGAAAGAAAAAGGGAAAGAAAACAUUGACAAAAACGAUGAAGUACCGAAAUAUAUUAUCGUGUAAUGGAUUCUUAAUUAUAAAUUGUAUACUGCGUCGCGCAAGGCACUAUCCGGUAUGGUAUAGCAGUGCAAAUUUGAAAGUACGCGUACCUUACGAAUAAGUUCAAAUACGUUCCUUUCAAAUCGGUCAGAAAAUACUGCAGUAGGGAUAUGCUAAUGCCCGCCUCCGACUGCGAUCCUCUCCACCCGACCGCGGAGCGCUUCCCUAGCCGUAUG